AUGAUUCUGCUUGAGAGACCCCCUCGACACGUGUCCCGUCCUCCCUUACUAGGCCCCAUUCUGAAAAAGAGCGGCCCACUAAUCCCCCGCCCGCCUUCGUACCAGCUUCACGCACCGAGCUUCCCAUGCUCCGCCGGAACCACGGCGUCAAAGCACUCCUCGGACAGAGAGAGAUUGGCCGACAAGAGGCGCGGUUCUCAUGUAUCCGUUUAGUUUAUCGUGCGCGAGAGGAGUAGCCUAGCGCGGGUGAGUCUGGAUGAGGUAAAAAGACCCGAGUGGCUAAGCCGACCUGACUGGGCCCACAUAGGGCCCCACGAGACCGUGGGCAAAGAAAGAAAGUAAAAGGGAGAAACAGGCGAGAGCAGCUGGAAACCUGAGGGCUCCCCAUAGCCCGCCACGUAUAGGCGUGCCCCCUUUCGACGUGGCGAGCACCGGAGGCCAUGAUCCCAUAAAUAGAUACCCCACGUCCCCCAGCAAGCUUAACUUGUUCUCCUACGCCGCUACAGCCGCCGCCGCCGCCACCGAUCUCGAGUUCUUCAUGUGCAGGGAGGAGAGAAUGCCGUCGAUGAGUACGGAAGGGGAGACGGUUUUUGGAGGGACGACAGACGCGUCCGCAAGUCAGGCGGCGGCUGUGGCGGCGCCGCCGCUGACGCCGGCAGCAGCCUCCUCCUCCAUCACUCUCAAGGUAGACGCCGCCCAGUCCGCUGCGUUGACUUUAAUGAGAGAAUAGCCUCAAAUUUGCCGUUUCUUUUGUGGGCAGUUCGUGGAUAUUGACUACCGAAUCAAGGUCAACCGGAAGCAGGGAGGAAAUGGACUGCUGAGCCGGUGGGUCAGCCCGCCGGCGGCGGAGGAGAGGAUCAUCCUCAACGGCGUCUCCGGGAUGGCCUCCCCGGGGGAGAUCCUCGCCGUGCUAGGCCCCUCUGGCAGUGGCAAGUCGACCCUCCUCAACGUUCUCGGCGGCCGCCUGCAGGGAAAGCACGGCGGCGCGGUGGUGGCGAACGGGCGGCGCCCCGGCAGGGCGGUGCAGCGCCGCACGGGCUUCGUGCCCCAAGACGACGUGCUGUACCCGCACCUCACGGUGCGGGAGACGCUGGUCUUCUGCGCGCUGCUGCGCCUGCCCGCGGCGCUGCCGCGCUCGGAGAAGGUGCACGCAGCGGAGGAGGUGAUGGCGGAGCUGGGGCUGAGCAAAUGCGAGAACACCAUCGUCGGAAACAGCUUCGUGAGGGGGGUUUCAGGGGGUGAGAGGAAGAGGGUGAGCAUAGGGCACGAGAUGCUGAUCGACCCGAGUCUGCUGAUACUGGACGAGCCCACGUCGGGGCUGGACUCGACGGCGGCGCACCGGGUGGUGGCGAUGCUGGCGGGCCUGGCGCAGAAGGGGAAGACGGUGGUGGCGUCGGUGCACCAGCCGUCGAGCCGGGUUUACCAGAUGUUCGAUAAGGUGCUAUUGCUGGCGGAGGGGCGGUGCCUGUACUUUGGCCACGGGAGGGACGCCAUGGACUACUUCGCCUCCGUUGGAUUCUCGCCGCGGUUCCCCGUCAACCCCGCCGACUUCAUGCUGGACCUCUGCAGCGGUGAGUCCCCUUCCGCUGCCCCCACGUAUUCCCUAGAGAAUCAUAGCGAGAGAGAGAGAGAGAGAGAGAGAGGAGUCUCCGGUGGCUGGUGCUUUAUUGGGUUGACGUUGGAGAGGUCGUAGAGGCGGACACCUGGCAAGGGGAGAACCGUGUUCAUGAGACCACCGCCAACCGCCGCCGCCCAAUUGAAGGAGGCCCUUCGUGUGCCACAGCAACGGCUAUGUUAUCUUCCGUGCUUGGGAAGAUAAUACAACUCGGAGGCCCUAAGAAUUAUUAUCUCUGAAGAUGCCGCAAACCCAACACGUGGACUCCCCCAGGCCAUUGGAGGAGCUCGCUUUAGACCACGCCUCCCCCACGCUGCCCGCUCAAAAAGGGUUCUAACUGUUGCAAAAAUAGCCACUUUAGCUGUUCCCCCACCCACCCAUCUGACCCUUCUCCUGAGAGAGAGAGAGAGAGAGAGAGAGAGAGAGAGAGAGAGAGCGAGAGAGAGAGGCUUCAGUAGUGGUGGAUGAUUCAUGCUGUGAGACUGGUUUUUCAGGGAUGGCGCAGGCGGAGGAGAUGGACAGGUUCAGCGUGAAGCAAACCCUAAUCGCGUCUCACGGGAGAUUCAUUGAACCGAAGGUGAAGGCGAGCGUGGAGUGUAGAACAUCCGCAGAGGAGGAGACGUCGGUUGGUCCAGGAAGCAGGAGGAGGCUCCCCAGCGGGGAGGAAGACCAGCGGAACAAUACCGGGUGGUUCACCCAGUUCGCCAUCCUCCUUCAGAGGAGCCUCAAGGAGAGGCGCCACGAGGCCUUCAACUCCCUUCGGGUGAUUCAGGUGGUGGCCGCCGCAGUGCUUUCUGGGGCGAUGUGGUGGCGCUCCGACCCCCGUCAUGUCCGCGACCGGCUGGGCCUCCUCUUCUUCAUCACCAUCUUCUGGGGUGUCUUCCCCUCCUUCAACGGCGUCUUCACCUUCCCGCAGGAGCGGGCCAUCUUCCUCAAGGAACGCGCCUCCGGGAUGUACACCCUCUCCUCCUAUUUCAUGGCGAGGAUGGCCGGAGACCUCCCCAUGGAGCUCGCCCUCCCCACCGUCUUCAUAUCCGUCACUUACUGGAUGGGCAAUCUCCGCGCAGAGAUGGGUGCCUUCCUCCUCACCCUGGCGGCGCUUCUCGGCUAUGUCCUGGUGGCGCAGGGCCUCGGCCUGGCCCUCGGCGCCGCCGUGAUGGACGCCAAGCAGGCCUCCACCAUCGUCACCGUCACUAUGCUGGCCUUCCUCAUCACCGGUGGCUUCUACGUUCAGAACAUUCCCCCCUGCCUCUCGUGGCUCAAGUACACCUCCUUCAGCUACUACUGCUACAGAAUCCUCGUCGCCAUCCAGUACAGGACGAGGGAGCGCGGAUACCUUCUCGGCCUCGAAGGGGAGAUGCCCACCACGGUCAGUGUGGCCGUCCUGGUGGGUAUGUUCCUAGGGUUUAGGCUCCUGGCUUAUACUGCGCUGAGGAGGAUGAAGGUGUGA